CCGCUCCCGGUCAGAGAGUAUAAAAGAGCGAGACCAAGGUGUUGUCUCCUCACAUACUUCUUACGCACGACCCUGGUGGUUUGUCCAUUGAGACUAUUUGAUAUUUUACGUCCUCUUCUCUUUUCCGGCGUCAACCUUCACGAAACAUGCGUGAGUGCAUCUCCAUCCACGUCGGUCAGGCUGGUGUCCAGAUCGGCAAUGCCUGCUGGGAGCUUUACUGCCUGGAACACGGCAUCCAGCCUGAUGGACAGAUGCCCAGUGACAAGACUCUUGGAGGAGGAGAUGAUUCCUUCAACACCUUCUUCAGUGAGACUGGAGCUGGGAAGCACGUCCCAAGAGCAGUUUUUGUUGACCUGGAGCCCACUGUCAUUGGUGAGUGUCUGUGGGUUCCUCUAAAAAUUAGUAUCGUGUCCUCCAUCACAGCUUCCCUCCGUUUCGAUGGUGCUCUCAAUGUUGAUCUGACAGAGUUCCAGACCAACUUGGUGCCAUACCCUCGUAUCCACUUCCCUCUGGCCACCUACGCCCCUGUCAUCUCUGCAGAGAAGGCCUACCACGAGCAGCUGACAGUCUCUGAGAUCACAAAUGCCUGCUUUGAGCCAGCCAAUCAGAUGGUGAAAUGUGACCCUCGUCACGGCAAGUACAUGGCCUGCUGUCUGCUGUUCCGUGGUGAUGUGGUGCCCAAAGAUGUCAACGCUGCCAUCGCCACCAUCAAGACCAAGCGCACCAUCCAGUUUGUGGACUGGUGCCCCACUGGUUUCAAGGUGGGCAUCAACUACCAGCCUCCCACUGUGGUUCCUGGUGGAGACCUGGCCAAGGUCCAGAGGGCUGUGUGCAUGCUGAGCAACACCACUGCUAUUGCAGAGGCCUGGGCUCGGCUUGACCACAAGUUUGACCUGAUGUACGCCAAGCGUGCGUUUGUUCACUGGUACGUGGGUGAAGGUAUGGAAGAGGGAGAGUUCUCUGAGGCCAGAGAAGACAUGGCAGCUCUGGAGAAGGAUUAUGAGGAGGUGGGAACUGAUAAUGCGGAGGAGGUGGAUGAAGAAGGAGAGGAAUAUUAGUGUUGUCUUUGCACCUGUUUCACAAGAGCUUUCAAUGUUGGCACUAAUUGUACAGAUUGAGUGCAUUGUACUUAAUGGUCAUACUUUUGGUUGCUGUAUUAAAAAAAAUAAAAAUUAAUUGACAGCA